CAAUCCUUUCCAGAGAUAAAACCAUUCUAGAGUACACCCUUUUAGUCUUAUACAUCAUUUCAACAUAUCAUACUUUUAUUGAAUUAAGUUUCUUCAUUUCUUGAUCUUCUUUUCAUUAUCAAGUACUUUCAAUUGAAUACCAAUUACUCACCAUGGCGUUUGAAGGGAUUGUUGCUAAUGGCGUAACAGAAAUAUUGAAGAAAUUGGUUCCGGUUGUUGCUCGAGAAAUUAGUCUGGCGAGGGGUGUCGAAGAUGAUCUGAAAAAGCUUCAAGACACUUUAGAGAUGAUUCUACUUGUAAUAGCUGAUGCUGAGAGGAAACAGAUCAAUGAUGCAGCUGUACGUCUUUGGUUAAGAAGGCUUAAAGAUGUUGCCUAUGAUGCGGAAGAUGUGAUGCAUGAGUUUUCCUAUGAAACCAUGCGGAGGUGUGAAAGGGGGAACCGCUUGAGGAUCAAGGCUCGUGAUUUCGUUUCAUCCAACAACCCACUAGCAUUUCGUUUCAAGAUGCCUGGGAAAAUCAAACAUAUAAAUCAGAGGUUAGCUGAAAUCACCGAAGAUAUGAGUAGGUUUCACUUGCAAACUACACCUGCUAGCAAUACUGUUACUCUUCCUGUUGAAAACAGUGAGCACCGGAGCCGAGAAACCGCAUCCUGUAUUAAUGAAUCAAACAUUAUAGGGAGGGAGGAUGAAAAGGAGAAAAUAGUAAACAUGUUAACCAAAGUCAUACCAUCAUCAGCAACACCAUCUGCUUCUGAUAGAAAUACGGAAAAGGUCUCUGUGGUUUCCAUAGUUGGUAUGGGAGGUCUAGGCAAGACGACUCUAGCUCAGCUCGUCUACAAUGAUGAGAUGGUAAAUAAACUUUUUGAGUUAAAAUUGUGGGUCCAUGUCUCUCAAGAAUUUGAUGUGGAAAAGCUCUUAAUAAAAAUUAUGGAGUCCUCCACUGAGAACAAGUUUGAUUCUCCGUCAAACUUUGCUGUACUGGUAAGUAAAGUUCAGGAACAACUGAAUGGGAAGAGAUAUUUGCUAGUACUUGACGAUUUAUGGAACGAGGAUGCUGUGCAAUGGGAGAGACUCUGCAGUGCGUUGCUUGAUGGGGCUCAAGGGAGUAAAAUAUUAAUCACUACUCGCAAAACUCAAGUUGCAGAUAUGGUUAAGGGGAGUAUUCCUCCUUACAAAUUGGAAAAGUUACAAGAUGAUGAAUGCUGGUGUAUCAUGGAGAAGAGAGCAUUUUCUCCCGGUGGAGCAGUAAAGACUCCAACCAUGACUAGCAUUGGAAAAGGAAUAGCAAAAAAAUGUAGUGGUGUACCGCUUGCAGCAAAAAUCUUGGGAGGUCUCAUGCGCUUAAAAAAUAAAGAAGGCGAUUGGUUGUCAAUUCAAGAACUUGAUGUUUUGAGUACAAGAGAAGGUCAAAGCGAAAUCAUACCCAUACUAAAGUUGAGCUAUGACAAUUUGUCGUCUGAGUUGAAACAAUGUUUCUCCUACUGCUCUAUAUUUCCCAAAGGAUGGGAGAUAAAUAGAGUAACACUUGUUCAGUUGUGGAUAGCAGAAGGAUUUCUGGAUUCUGGUAAUGUGGGAAGCCGAAGAUCAAUUGAAGACAUCGCGGAUGAAUACUUUGAUAGUUUGGUAUCGAGUUCAUUUCUGGAUGGUGCGAAAUGGAGCAUAUUGGGUGACAUAAAGACGUGCAAGGUGCAUGAUCUCGUCCAUGAUCUUGCAAAAGCUGUUGCCGGGGAUCAGGAAUUGGCGUCUCUCAAGGAAUCUUCAGAAUGUGAAAGACCCGGUAGAUGCUGAGAGGGCGAAUCUGAAAGGAAAACAGAAUCUUCGUAGAUUGUAUCUGCAUUGGGAAGAAACAGAAAUCGAUUUAGAAGAAGAAGAAGAAGUGGCCAUGAUGUGGGACGAGAAUUCGUGUAAUUUUCAAGUGUUUGAAGCUCUCCAACCUCCCUCUGGUUUGAGACUAUUGGGUAUUCGUAACUUCAUGGGGCGGGACCUUCCCAUGUGGAUGUGUGGAUCUGGUAUUCCAGAUUUGGCAGAGUUGAAACUCGCAAACUGCGUUGGAAUAAAACAACUACCAUCAUCUAUUGGGCAGCUCCGAAGUCUUCGAUCUCUUGUUCUUAAAGAAAUGUCUUUGAAGAGUUUGGAUAUUAGCGGAUUUCCUUCGUUACUGACUCUCGAACUUGCUGAUAUGUUCCUUCUAGAAGAACUCGGUAAUUCAUAUCCUUCUUGUCUUCAAAAACUGAUUAUCGACGGCUGCAAGAGUUUAACAGAAAUCCCUUCAUUUCCUUCUCUGACGGUAUUGAAAUUAGUGAAGGUCAACAGCAAGUUAGUAUGCUCAGUUGGGAGAAGCCAGACAUCUCUUGCACAUCUAGUUUUGAAGAAUAUUGAGGAGCUUAUAUACUUCCCAAUAAGAAUACUCCAAAACAAUUGCAACAUUCAAAUCCUGCGCAUUAAAGGUUGUAAUCAGUUGGAAGGCUUUGGUGUAAUUGAUGAUGAGAAGAAGAACAUGGUUCCUCUGUAUGGCCAUGGACUCUACACCGGGUCUCUUCAGAAAUUGUAUCUCAUCGACUGCCCAAUUUUUAAGUUUCUUCCAGAUUUACGAGGAUGGACUUCUCUUCAGGAAUUAAUCAUCUUCAACUGCCCACAAGUGAAGGAGUCUUUAACCUAUGAUCUCAGAGACCUCUCUUUUCUUAAAGAACUGCGGGUUGAUUUUAUUCAAAGAGACGAGAAGCGAGGGGAUCCAACUACUACUACUGAAUUGAUUAAUUUGAUGAACAAGUAGCAGGAACGUGCAAUUGGAACCGUAUCUGAGAUCCAUUUCCUCUCUUAAAGAAUUCUUGGCUUAGUUUAUUCAAGGAGACGAGAAGAUCCAUCCAUUAAAGAAGACAUGAUUCCUUUGGUGGAAUAGCAGUUUCUCGUGAUUACCAUAUCUCAGCUCUGGAUUACGUUUGAUUUGGUUUGGUUGUGCAGUUGAAUGAAUAGAAAUGAAGCAGCAGAGAUGAUGAUAAAGCAGAGCCCACUAUUUUGUCAGAAUCCGACUUAGCUCAUAUGCAGGACUUACCGCAAUGUUGCAGACGAUGGAAUCAUUGAAUAAUUAGAGCAUGCGCCGAAGAGAUAUAACGUCCGGUCCAGGUCGGGCUUUGAUGCUCAAUUGUGGAAACUUUUGAGUCCUAGUUGACAAAGCCACUGCACUGCAACUGACUAAUUCUACAAAAAAGCACGCAUUGCGCUCUUAGUACACUAGCCCACUCCUUUAAGCAAUUUACUUUUCACGAUUUCAUGAACAGGUUGGAGAUUUUUAGGUUCUAAGCUGCUUUAAAAAGUGUUGUUUUGAAACUAAUCUGUUUUAAUAUUACCAUGUAUGCAGUGUGUUAUUUGGUUUCUGCUACAGUAUCAAUUUAUAUAUAAUCAGUUAUAAAUUCAAAAACUACGUGAACCCAUCCAAA